AAGUUUGAAAAGAGUCGACGGUUGAUGCCGGCUGACUUCUGCCUUGGGCUGCAGCGGCUCCCGGGGCUCCCGGCUCUCCUGCGGGCGGCUGGCGGACUCCGCCGAGCAGGACCUUCCCAGGAUGGAAACUUUGUCUUUCCCCAGAUACAAUGCAGCGGAGAUUGUGGUUCAUAUUCGCAACAAAAUCUUAACAGGAGCUGAUGGUAAAAACCUCUCCAAGAAUGAUCUUUAUCCAAAUCCAAAGCCCGAAGUCUUGCACAUAAUCUACAUGAGGGCCUUGCAGAUCGUGUACGGGAUCCGACUGGAGCAUUUUUACAUGAUGCCAGUGAACUCCGAGGUCACGUACCCACAUAUCAUGGAGGGCUUCCUACCGGUCAGCAAUCUAUCUAUCCAUCUGGACUCCUUUCUGCCCAUCUGUCGGGUGAAUGACUUUGAGAUUGCUGAUAUUCUGUAUCCAAAGGCAAAACGAACAAGUCGGUUUCUAAGUGGCAUCAUCAACUUUAUUCACUUCCGAGAGGCGUGCCGCGAGACAUACAUGGAGUUUCUUUGGCAAUAUAAAUCUUCUGUGGACAAAAUGCACCAGUUAAAUACGGCACACCAGGAGGCGUUAAUGAAACUGGAGAGACUUGACUCUGUUCCAGCUGAAGAGCAAGCGGAGUUCCAGCAGCUUUCGGAUGAUAUUCAAGAACUGCAGCAAUCACUGAAUCAGGAGUUUCGUCAAAAAACGAUAGUGCUACAAGAUGGAAAUUCCCAAAAGAAGUCCGAUAUUUCGGAGAAAACCAAGUGUUUGAAUGAACUAAAAUUGUCAGUAGUUUCUUUGAAAGAAGUGCAAGAGAGUUUGAAAACAAAAAUUGUGGAUUCUCCAGAGAAGCUAAAGAAUUAUAAAGAAAAAAUGAAAGAUACAGUCCAGAAACUUAAAAACUCCAGGCAAGAAGUGAUGGAAAAAUAUGAAAUCUACAGAGACUCCGUCGAGUGCUUGCCUUCCUGUCAACUGGAGGUGCAGCUAUAUCAGAAGAAAACACAGGACCUUGCAGAUAACCGGGAAAAACUAACCGGCAUCUUAAAGGAGAGACGGGACAGCAAACGGAGGCGAGCUGCGCGUGGUGCCGCCCCCAAGGGCUAUUACUUAAAGCAGAGCCCUGAGCUCCGCGCCCGCAGGCUGCUCGCUCCCGUUCCGCAGCCCAGCGGGACGGGAAGACGGGCGGGGCUUCGUCUACGCAGCCCAGACCACGUCCGUGAGUGCACGGAGGCGAGCGGCGGCACCAGAGGCUUCAGGCAAAGGAAGCAGAGGCGCGCCGGCCGGAAAGGGGAAAACCAGGACCUGAAACACCUCUGCCCGCACAGCACUGGGAGAUGCAUAAUUAAGUCCUCGCUAGCACGCCACGCCGGUGCCGCUCUGAGGUUACAGGAGCUCUGCACUCGGGGGGCGACAACGUCCGAGCUUUCCCCACGGGCCCCCCAGACAGGACAGCGAGGCGAGCCCGUACUCAAUCACCGCGCGCUUGUACUGCUUGACGUCCUCCUGCUGCUUGUUCAUCCGGAACUGCGCCGUGGCCAGCUUCUCCUUCCUCCCGACCAUCAGUCUCUUCAGGGAAUUUUCUUCAGCCUUCAACUUCUUCAGCUCGGACUCACCACUCUCAAUUUGGUCCUCCAAGAUGGUGUGAAGAUGAGGAAAACCCCGAGGGCCAGGCAGCUGACGCAGACCUUCCGGAGAGUCCCGGGAGGCGCCGGGGACGCUGGGAGUGGACGGGGCACCCGGCAAGGGGUCUGUGCGGUGCCGCUCAUCAGCGAGGAUGAGAACAGAGGGCUGUGUCGGGAGGACCGGCGUGCGUGUGUCAGGAGGACCGGCAAUGUGGCUUACAGCGAGCUUAGGAGAUACUUAAUCCCACUUCUUAACCAAGUCAGUCAGUCAGUCAGUAUUUCUCUGUUCUCACAGGUCCAGCAGUUAGGGAAGCGGUCACAGUGUUCGGUCACUGGAUUUGUGUCGUCCAGUGGGGUAGCUGCUGGCGGCAUAUGGCUAUUAACAUUUAUAUUUCAGUUAAUUGCAGUUUCAGUCCUCCCGAUGACUUCUUCAGUCUGUUUCUGUAGCUCUUCCGUGGGGAUCACGGCCAGAUGCAGGGGGUGUAGUGUCCGUCACCACCUGCCUGGUACAGAUGAGAAGCUCCAAAGUAAAACCUUUUCCUUGACAAUUAAAAGUCCGCUCCUGACAUCCUGGAAUCCAAGUCCCCGUUGCACGUCUCUGCUUUGCUCUGAGCCGCGUACUUUCUUCUUGUGUCUACACAGCCUGCAGAAGGAAGGUUGGAAACGAGAAAUCUUUCUGAGUUUGAAAGCUGCUUUGGAGAAGUACCAUGAGGGCAUUGAAAAGGCGGCAGAGGACUGUGGCGCCAAAAUCGAGGAGAAAACGGCCGAACUGAAGAAGAGCAUGUUCAGAACGUCGGCCUGAUGAACGCAGGCACCGGUCUCUGCCAGCAGCUCGUGGCCUUUCGGGUGUGGAAGCAGGACAGUUCGUGGAAGUUUCUGAAAGUAUUGGAAGCAGCACGUAGUGUUGGCUCAGCCAUGUUUAUAGGCUCUCAUAGGUUACUUUGUAAGAUAACACAUUUAAUGUAGACUUUUAUUAACUUACAAUUAAAAUAGCUUGCGCAGCUCUCCAU